AUGUCAAUGUUCACCAUGUCUCAACACCAGUACGCCUACCCGGCCACUGCUCCCGCACCCAGAGCAUACUCGGGCCAUGGUACCAGCAGCGCCUUCAGUAGCUCUGCCAACCCCGACGAAGACUGGACCAAGAUCUCUGACCUUGCUGAGCGCCGGAGGAUCCAGAACCGCAUUGCCCAGCGCAACUACCGUAAGAAACUCAAGAGACGCUUGGAAGACCUCGAGAGGCGUGCCGGCCAGGAAGGUACAUCUACCACAGAGAAGCCUGCUCAGACCAAGACCAAGAAGCCUGCGAACAAGACACAAAAACCGCCAGCCCCGACAAAGGCCAUGAAUCAGGGCCAGUUCACCCCUCCAAUGCAAGACGACGAAGUUUUCUUUGCCCAACACUACGAGGAUGGCCGUGAGAGAUCCAACACGCCCCCGUUCCUUGCAUACUCUGCGUACCCCCCGCCCGAGGAGAUGAUUAUGGCUCCCGCAUACACUACACUACCGUACCCCAUGUCCACUGCUGAGGCGUACCCUGGAUACCUCGCGCCCGCAGUGCCGGUGACGUUGCCACCCAUGAACCACUUCAACGACGCUAUAAAGCGUGAAUCGUACCCGAGCGACGACGGCUUUCCCCCAUACAUGAACUACGGCUAUAUGCCUGGUAUCGACAUGCAUGCGCCCGGCUCCUACGACACCGCGAACCCUCAUACCCCUCCGCUCUCGCACUCUUUCGACCACUCAGCCAACUGCUCCGACGCUGGUUACGAGUAUCCCACUACACCACUAUCGAUGCCAGGAUCUCCUGGUAUGGCCCAGCAAUAG